AUGGCGUUGAUGUUACUGUUGCCCAAUCAUCAAACAUCAACCAACAGUAACGUUGACAUUGGAGCCUCGAGCAAUCGAGUCGUGGAUCACUUCACGUACAUUCCGAGGAACGGUAAUGAAACGGAAAAUGGAAACGAAGACGUUCAAUGGGAGUUCCUCGUGAUCGGCAAACGAGUGUCCUGGAACGAGGCGCAGGCAAUCUGUACCAUUUACGGCCACCUAAAUCCGCUUACAACUUCCGACGAAGAAAUGGGACACGACGACCCGCCGGAUCCUCUAACGCGCCAAGCGGAAACGGAUACCGGAAGCACGUUGGCCGUGCUCGACGGUGACACGAGGGAUUGGCUCGCGCGGAUGGUGUCCGAGUCGAACUACCGAUACGACGGUCUCUGGAUAGGAGGACGGAGAAAGGACUUCGCUAGCUCCUGGAGCUGGAUCGAUGCGCGAAGAAAAGGGGAGGCGUUGAUAUUGGACUCGUUGAUGACCGCGGGCCAUCCGGCAUGGUACAUCGCGGAUAAUCACGGGAGCGGCGAGAAGAAUUGUCUCGUGUUCGACAAAUCGGGUCACGACUCGCCCCUUCUCGUCCCGGAGGACUGCCGGCGCCGGAAGCCUUUCGUCUGCAUGAGAGCCGGAAAAAAGAGGGAGAAGGAGAUAAUUGUCGAGGGCAGCAGCGUCUUCGUGGACGGUCAACGAUAUACUUUGUAUCAAAUCCUCGAGGACGAGGAGGAUCUCCGAGAGCAGGGAGCGCGGAAGGUCGACGGAGGUGGCGUCACGUGGUGGAACGCGAGAUUGGAGUGUAAGAAGAGGAGGAAGCAACUCGCCAUGAUCUUCACGAACGAGGCGGCCACUGUCGUAGCGAACACAAUGCUGAAGAGCAGACCGUCGAUAGAAAGCAUGUGGCUGGACGGCCACAGCGUGGACGGUGCCGAUUGGACGUGGGCCUCUUUGGGAUUCACGUUGCCGUCGGAAAAGUCGAACGUCACCUCAUAUCCACCCUGGUCGGACGGUCAUCCUGUGUCACCGUCGGAAAGCGAUGACUCGUAUCGGAGAGAAAGAUGCCUGAUCCUCGAUAGGCAUCUCUGUGCGAAGCACACGACCCCGGCCUUCUCCGAUUUGGAUUGUGAAAAGAAACGGCCUUUCAUUUGUCAGGACGCGAUUCCGGAGCGCAGGAUGAUGGAGAACGCGGGGAGAAGCGUGUCGUUGGACGAUAAGAGAUUGAUAUUCUCCUCAGCCAGGAUGACGUGGAAGCAAGGGGAGGCUUAUUGCCGGAAGAAGUCCGGCCAUGUAGCCAGUAUACCGGACGCAAAGACUUUAACCGCCGUAUUGGAGAAAAUGACGGAACUAGCGUUAGAUCAUACCUGGGUGGGCGGCCACACGGUUAUGUCGGAGGACGGUUGGAAAUGGGUGGACGAGAACGGCGAGGUCCUGUCGAAGAACACGAUCAGCAGCGGCACUUCCUGGUGCUUCGACGAGGACGACGGUUCCUGGCCUUAUGCCGAUCGCGAGAUCUGUCUGAAUUUGGAUCGCGAAGGUCACGACACGGCUUUGUUUUACGGCCUGCCCUGCAACACGACCAGCCAAUACGUCCUCUGCAAUUUACCCGCGCGCGGGAGCACGCAGUCAGCAUCCACGACGAUAAACAACGAGAUGACGACAAAAGAGGCCGAGGUUGAAGAAAGUAUCGAUAUCCAGGAGCAAGCUUUAGCGGAGAAUUUAGCGGAAAGAAUACGUAAAUUAGCGAAGGACGAGCGAUCCGGUCUCCUGUUCGUGAUGGACGACAGCCUGAGCGUCCUGAACGCAUGGUUCGCCGAGGAAAUGAAGCUGGCGGCUAUUGUUAUUCGCCGAUACUUCCCGUUGUCGCGCGAUCAUCCAAUGGGCUUGGUCACUUUCUCAGAAAACACAAUAGUUGCUCUCAGCUUGAACCAGACGGACACCUGCAAUGUUCUGUCGACGUUAUCCAAGGACAUGCUCGCGAAUCGCGCGACUCGCAUCAGCGAGGAUCUCGAAAGCGUCGCCGGAAAAACUACGGACUUGAUCAACGCGGUUCUCAUGUCGGCAAACAUCGUUCGCACUUCGGGCAUGCAACGAGUUAUCGUAGUUUUUGUGACGGACGGAGAACACAUCGCCGAGGAAAAUGACCAAGAGAAUCUGCAAGCCGCCGUGGAGAACUUGCAGAAGCUGCGAAACGAUAGCCACGAAGCGUUCGCGAUUGUCAUUAAUCAGGGCGAAAAGCACGCGGAGGACUAUAACGUCAUCGAGCAUCUAUUUUCCACAUCCCUGAAGGAAGAACAGAAUCUCUACUUCGUUGAAGAUUACAAUGGAUUAGCGGAACUGAACUCGGCGCUGAAUUUAACGGGCAAAGAGGAUUAUGCCGUCGAUUGCGGAGAGAUACAAUGGACCGUCCCGAAGGAUAACGAAAUGCUGGCUCAUCUACUAUCGAAAAAAUAGUUGUAUAUAUUUGAAUUUUAGAAUAAGAACAAAGUAACCAU